GCGGAUUAGUAGGUGCAUGGGUCCGCUACUCGCUUGCUGCCUUCGAUUAAUGAAAGCUUAUUUCUCCCUGCAAACGACACACAUUUUGAACAGGUCACAAUGUUUCGUCGGUCAAGAUUUAGUAUUCGGCCCAAUGUCGUGGCAGUAGGGAGAACAGCGGCAACAUCUCAGGAAGCCCCUUCAGUAAAUCAGGAGGCCAGUGAGACCCCUAAAGAUGCCGGUGAGAACGUUACUGCUUCUGCUGUGACAGACAGCACGUCAGCUGCAACUCCAUCAGAAAAACCUACAGCCCCAGGGGAUGGUAACGACCAAAAUGGGGAAGGUGCCAGCUCCUCAGCUGCAGUCCAGAGAAGGAAGCGUUUUUCUGUCAAGCCCAAAGUGGCCCCUGGCCGCCCCUCCGCUCUUGCUCGGACGCCAAAGUCCCCUGCCAAGGCAGCCUCAGAAACACCUGCUACAAAAACAGCUACUGUUGAGGUCCCUGGUUCAGACCUUGACAAGCCAACAACAUCAAGACAAACUGGGACUAGAGCCCCCGAGGGUCUCCGGUCUCCAAGGCGGCGGAGGCCUUCGGAAGACAGCAAGCAGCCUAAAGUGCAGCCUAAACCCUCCCUUGACUCCUCUGACAGUCCAGGACCUUCUACUGCUCCUUCAGCUGAGGACUUGCAAGAACAAACCCAUCUGUCAGUAGGUAGUAGCAAACUGUCCGACAGCACGUCAGACGGUCAAGUUAAAGAAGUUCCCCUUAGACUACCAGAUAAAGUUCCUCCCUCGCUUCCAGACAGAGAAGCUACUGAAUUAUCAGAGAAAGCUAGGACUCUCGUGUCGUCUAAGAACAGACUUUCCCCGUCACCGCCGGGGUUCUCCUUGAGUAGACUCCUGAAUGACCCAUCAGACAUACAGAGGCUGGAAAAGGCCCGUAAGCUCAGAGAACUGCUCAAACAAGAGAUGCACAAAGAAAAGAAACUCAAGAAAAACAAGGCACGCGCAAAGGAAUAUACUUUAGAUCCUGCCAAAAUGACCAUGAGGGACCUUAUCCGUUAUCUACCAAUGUCUAACCCCAUGACAUCUAGUUUAGAAGACUCGGUACAGGAGAAUGAGACUGUUGUCCCACCUUCACCACAAAGAGAAGAGUCACCAGAGCGAGCACAGGAACCUGAAGUCCCCCUCAAAAUUGCAAGCCCGAGGGAGGAGGUGGAAGAAGAAGAGGAGGCGCCAGCAGCAGCCGCGGCAGAGGGAGAGGGAGAGGGAGACGAAGAUGAAGAGCAGGAUGAAUCGAUUAUGGUUCCACAGGUCAAAGUAGCAGAGGACGGCUCACUGAUCAUUGAUGAGGAGAGCUUGACUGUGGAAGUCAUGCGUGCGAAAGGGCCAAACCCAGCACAGGGUCGAGAUCCCAUCUUUGAGCGUGGUUCCACUACAACAUACUCAAGCUUCAGAAAGGCGACCUAUUCAAAGCCCUGGUCCAGUGAAGAAACAGACAUGUUCUUCCUGGCAAUUAGCAUGGUGGGCACAGACUUCUCCAUGAUCUGUCAACUAUUUCCUCACAGACCACGAUCAGAGAUAAAGAACAAAUUCAAAAAAGAAGAGCGAGAGAACACAUGGAGGAUUGACAAAGCUUUCAGAGAAAGGCGUAAACUGGACAUAGAGUAUUUUUCUAAGCUGCUGGAGAAGAUUUUGGAAGUUCGGAAAAGCAGGAAGAAACUCAAGUCACUCUCUGAUAAAAUUUCCCCAAAGAAGCGCAAGAGAAAGACAAAGGGCAAAAAAGCUACAAGGAAGCUGAGUGAUGUGGAGGAGGAAGAUGAGGAAGAGGAGGGUGAACUUCCUGACUUUGAGGAGGAGGAGGAAGGAGAGAAGGAGAAUGAGGACCUCUGUAAUGAGGGAGGAGCCCCUGUUUCUAAGCCUAAGAGGAAACGCAAAAGAAAGAAUGAAAAGGAUGCAUCAACUGAGGAAACAAAUGACAAGAACAAACAAACUGGUGAAAAAAGCAAUGAACAAGAUGAGGCCGGCAUGCCUGAAGAUGUUGAGGAAGUUCAACCUCCGAAACCUACCAGGUAUGGGAGAGUGCCCAAACCAACCAAGCACUUAAAUUACCUUGCCAAGGAAGAAGGACAUUCAUCUGCAUCUGAAACCACUCCUGCAUCUCCAGCGAGGACUGCCGCUGCUGCUUCUGAUGCCAAGCCUAAAGCCAAAUGCGCAGCUAAGAGGACGAGACUAUCAAAGCCAAAACCAGCCCAAGAGUCCAAAAGGCCCAAAUUAGUGACUCUCAGGGCUUCUCAGUCAGAUUACAGUGAUGAGGAGGAUGGAAAUCAGACAGAGAUAAAGGAGGUGGAUGACCCAUGGCCUGUAUGCAGCUCCGCUAAGGACAGCAGUGCCCCUGCGUUUGUGCCUGACUUCCUGAAAUCCCCACAACCUGAAAUUAUAGAGGUGGAAGAAACUAUGGAGGAGCUUGAUAUCUUGGCCAAUAUGCCUGAUGUGUUGGGCAUCUCGCAAGAUGCCCUGUGCCCUGAUGCCUCAUGUGAGCGGGCACAAAAUGAGACAGGGACAGCUGAACCCUGUGAGCAUCAGUUGGACCUGCUGGUUGAUGUUAUAGACUUCCUUUCUUCAGAACACACAGAAGUAUCUGAGGAUGCCAGCUACAAUGAGGCUGCUCAAACCCUGUUGACCAUCGGCAACCUGACUCAUCUCUCUCAGUCAGCAUCGAAUCAAACAACCACACAAGAUCAUAUAACUGUAAUAACGUCAGUCGAUGUAGAUGAAACCAGUCAACUCAUAGAAGAAGAGAUUGCAGCAAUGGCAGUUGCACAAGAGGAAACCAGCGCCACUCCUUCUGUGUCUGCAGCUACUGGUCACAGAGUUACAGAAACAUCAGAGACUGUUGCCACUGUGGAGCCUCAAAAUAGUGCAACAGACAAGGAGCUUUUAUCUCCGACUGGUGAAGAAACCAUUAUUAAAAGCAGUGAUCAGACGAGUAGCGAGCAGAAGACAGUUUCUGAUACGGACUCAACCCCUCAAUUACAUUCAGGUUCAGAGAUUUCAAAUAAAGAUUCCCCACAGACCAGGAGAGGACGCUUAUCCAAGGUGAAACCAAAACCUAACCUUGGCCGAGCCUCAAGGACUGCACUGUCAAAAUCUCAACCAGAUGCAUCGACACAAGGGACCGCUGAAAAGAGCCAAACGGUUGCUCCUGACCUUUCUCAACCCACUGAGAUUCAACCAGCUGCUGAAGAAACAACCUUUAGGUUAUCAGAGUCUCGUCCAGUAUCGAUAAAAGAUGACAUUUCCUCUGAAAACCAGAGUCAUACCUUUUCUGGGGCCCAGUUUGAACCCAUCUUAGAACCAGCCACUAGAGACACAACGUCCGCAGAUGAAAAACUGACAUCUCACGCUGGUAUAAUUGAAAGUGUCUUUAACAUCCCAGCAGCAUCUGAAACAGCAGUCACAGAAUCACAAGUCGAACAAAGGUCUACCAUUGAUUCAGCUACAGUUCAAGAAAGCAGCGAUGGUGAUGCUGCUUCCGUCGCACCUGCAGAAGAGUUACCCGUCUGCCAGAAAGAAGAGAGUGAAGGUGCAUCUGAUAAUCAGACCAGGAAGAGUCGAUUCAAGAAAGUCAAGCCCAAACCCAAACUACCACAGACGUCAAGAACUGUACGGUCUAAACCUCAAACAACAGAAGACCCUCCAGAGAAAGAUACCAGCUCCUCUUCAAACCUUGAAUCCACUGACAAAACAACAGCAGAGGUAGAAUCACAACCAACUUGCACCACCUGCCCUGAAAAUCCAAGCACUUCAGUUUCGUUACCAUCCUUGGAUUCAGGCUCUACUCUUAAACCCACAGAGGAACCGUCUUCAAUUGAGGGGAUAAAGACAGUUGAUUGGGUAGACUCAGGUGCAGCAACAUUGGGUCAGAGUGAUCCAGAAGCACAGUGUGAACCAAGUUGUGAACAGGCCACCAGAAGCAUAGGAUCAAGAUCUGAAUCCAAAGAUGAAAAACUGACAUCUCAUGCUGAAACAACAGCCACUAGUCCUAAUAAUCCAGCGACAUCUAAACCAGCAAUUACAGAAUCACAAGUUAAACGAGGAGAUGAAGGCAGUGGCAAUCCUGCAGCAUGUGAUACACCUGUGGAAGAGUUACCUGUCAGUCAGAAAGAAGAAAGUGAAGUUGCGCCUACCUGUCAGAAUAAGAGAAGUCGAUUAACAAAGGUCAAACCAAACCUGCCACAGACAUCGAGAAUUGCAAGGUCCAAACCUCAAACCACAAAGGAGCCCGUUGAACUCAUGGAGAUUGUGGAGAAAACCUCCAGCCUGACAUCAGAGCCUGAAUCCUCACACAAUAAAGUAGCAGAAGUGGAGCCACAACCAACCUGCAGCACCACAUCUCCUGAAAAACCUCAAAGUAGUGCUUCAGUUGUGGUACCAUCAUUGGAAUUAGGCUCUACUCAUGAACCCACACAGGAAUUAUCUUCAACUGAGGAGAAAAACACAAAUGUUGGCCUUCAACUGGACUCAAGCUCAGAGGGCUCAGAGCAAAAUUUAUCUCAAAGAAGGCGACGUUUAGCAAAGGCCAAAACCAAUUUAGGAAUAUCCACCAGAGCAACACAUCCAAAAUCACAGCCAAAGGAAAUCGGUACAUUCUCAACACAGCACUCUUCAAAUGUAACCUCAGAACAACAGCCUGUGGCCAAUACGAGUGGACAAGCUAAACUGGAAUCCAUAGAGAAAGAUGAGAAGCACUUGACAUCCCCACACUCAGAAAAGUCAUUAAAUAGUACAAAUGAUACGGGUAGCUCCUCUGAUACUAUCAUCGUGGCAACAUCUUCAGUUGCUGAGAGUCGGUCUAUAUUGACAGACCCGACCGCCGCAGAUAAAAGCAGCGCAAAACCAACAGUUGAAGGGGAAUCCACAGGGGACAGCACUUCAAGUCACAACAAGGUGGAGGCUUCAAAAGAUGGUUCAGCAGAGCCAAAAAUUAAAUCUAUACUCCCGGCUAAUGUACAGUCCACACCAGAUCCGAAAGAAACCGCUCAGCAGCAACAUUCAGAGAUAAAAAGUCAAGAUUCUGUCCAACACGUUUCUGAGACCACUGAAGCUAAUCUGACAACGAACGACAAAUCUCAAGCCCCCAAAAGCAGCGAUGAUACUCAAUCACCAAUAAAAUCCCCUCAAGCUCGUAGAGGCAGGCUUAUUAAACCCAAACCUAACCUGGGAAGCAGCAGCAGUCGAUCUCAACAACCCCAACAACCACAGAACACAACACAAGCAGAAACAGAUUCUUGCACUCACUCAGAAGGUGUUAAUGCUUCUGGUUCACACGGAUCUGUCACUGAACCUAAACCUGAUAUCCAGGAACCAGUAGAGGGAGCUAUUGAACAACUAAGUAACAAAGAGUCCCCUCCAAAUGAUGCUGGGGUGGCCUCAGGCUGCGUGACAAAAGCACCAGAGAAUUCUACCCUGCAAUCCCAGGAUGCAUCGACAUCAAGUACUGCAAAGGCCGAAAGUUCACAAGUAUCCGAGAGUAUCACAAUUUUGCCAGAGAUGUUGUCGUUGCCCUCAGAUCCAGAUGAACCCUUUUUUAUUCUCUCUCUGACUGAGAUCCCAGUCUGCUCCUCAGGGGAGGUGGUGGACAGCACGUCUGAGCCACUUCCUUAUCUCCCCGUAACAGAUGCAUCAAUGCAGCCACAGAGCAGUGGUCCUGGAGAGAGUGCAGCAGCGGAGGGACAUGUGGCUCUCUCUAAAGUCCUUGAGCCUGUGUCCUCGGAGCCUACUGGUGAGACAGGCCUCAUUAGUGUAAAAGAUACUGGGCCAGAGUCAUCUGCAUUUACAAGCUCAACAAAGGAGAAUCCAGUGGAUCCACAAGAAAGUACUAGAGUCCAGCCAACCAAGUUAUCAAAUACUGUAGAGAAAAGUGAGGAGACAAACACUCCUGCUACGAAGCAGAGACUAACAGGCACUGGAAGAAGAGCCAAACUGCAGGUUAAGCCGAGCACUACAAGGACAAAACAUGCUAGUAAGACCUCCGCUGCCAAAGAAGCAGAGCUGAUCCCCAUCCAAGAAAACACCAUCCAAGACUCGGAGGUUCCUGGACCUUCUGUGCAGCCAGAAGCCUUUGAUGCUAAAGCAAGCGAGGAGGUUGUCACCGAACCACAGAAAGGAAACAGUGAUCAUGUAGACACGGAAAAGGAGACAGUUGGAAAAACCCCUGAGGAUAGCAGCUCAGGAGCACAAGCAAGAGGGACUAGUAGUCGGACAAGAAAACCAAAAGGCUUCCUCUGCUUCCUCUCUGAGCCGGACACCGCCGCCCCUUCAAACACUCCUCGACGAGGCAAAGUAGCUUCCAAGGGACCUAAGGUUAAACCUCAACAUGUAGCAAGACCACGGUCGACCCCACCACCUGUAGCCUCAACAUCCCGAGAUAUCAUUCCAACUACCACUCCGACACAAAUGCCAGAAGAACCCUGCUCACCGUCCUCUACCACAUCACCUACAAACACAGAGGUGGAACAGACUGCUGAGCACAGCCGACUACACUCAGACUCACCUCCUAGCAUUCCUAGCACCUCUCAGUGUGUAGCUGAGGUUUCAGUUUCCCAGCAAAGCGACUGUGUGGAGAGCAGCUCAAUAUAUGAGGAGCCCACAAGUGUGUCUCAGUACUUCUUAAGUGACAUUUUUACAGAAGUGGAAGAGGGAUAAAAGCCAUUGAGAGACAGUGUGAGAAGAGGAACCUACCGACCGGCUUACCUUUUUAUUUUAUUUUUAUUUUGUUGUGUUAAAUUAUCUCUGUUAAAGGUUAAUUUAUGACUAAAAGACUGUUUUGCAGUGAAGCUAAGUUAAGUAGACUGACAGACAUGUUUUCAAUUUCACCUGCACUUGUAUAUGUACAUGUAUAGUUUCAAUUUGCUCAAAUGCCUUUUUAAACAGCCAUUAGUUCAAAUAAUUAAUAUAGUAUUGUAUACAUUAAACUCACUAAUUUUACUGAAUGAGUUGACAGCUCUUUUACAGUUCAUUGCUCAAGCCUCAAAUGCCCUGUUUUUUAUCAAGUACAUGUAAAAAUGUGAAUAUUGUACAAAAGCUACAUGUUUUUUUUGUUCUUCUUUUUUUCAUAUUUGUCUUAUUUGAACACGGAUUACUUGACAUGUACAGUACUGCAUUUAAAUGUAUUGCCCCUCAUAAUGCCCCUUGUUUAUAAUCUGUUCCAAUCUAAAACUAAUUUUAUUUAAAGGAUGUCUUAAAAUUGGCUUUUCAUUUAGAGAACUGAUACAGCACUAAAAUGUAUGGUUGGCAUUGACGAAAAGCACGUCAUGACAAACUGCAUUGAAUGUUGACAGCACCACCGAUGUAUUCAAGUUCUGUAUUUAUGACCUACGUGUGCAUCUCAAUAGGAAUUUAAUUCCUUGAUAAGGAGACUAAUAAUUACACCAUGCAAUAAUGCACUUCAGCUAUUCAUAGUACCACAAAUCAUGACCUCAGAAAUGGGCUUGUAUAAGUAUACUGUAUAAGCUUUUCAGUGACGGUAAGCCUUUUUGUUGCAAGGUGGCUGGAUUAAAUUGCUUUGAUGUGUACUGUGAUUAUCAUACUGCGUCAACCUCACUCGCUCAGUAAUGACUAAGGGAAUUUUGGAAGUAAUUCAUGUGUUUUCUAUCUAAUUUAAGAUUUAUAAGAUCCAGGAAGUAACUCAAGUAAUGCCAUUAUUGUUUCAUUUGAGUAAAAUAAAUGAAUCUCAUUAUAA